AAAUGGACUCGUCUCGGCAUUUUUUCUUCUUUUAUCAGUUUUUUAUCUGCCGUAGUCUAAAGGGGAAGAGGAAGAGCAUUACUGACUGAUGUCUCAAUCACAUGUACCUAAGUUUGGCAAUUGGGAUGGUGAUAACAUACCAUAUACUGCUUACUUUGAGAAUGCGCGCAUAGAAAAAGUUGGUGGAAUGAGAAUUAACCCUAAUGAUCCAGAGGAAAAUCCGGAAGCCUUCAAUCUUGGACAGUUUGGAGAUGGAAAUACUAGCAUUCCUGUCCGCAUCAGUCCUGAUAAGCCCGUGACAACAAAAAAAUUUCAUCGAGUACAACAAAAAGGUUCUAGUCACAAGUGUAUUGGUUCAGAAUCAGGCAGUGAUAGAAACAUGACUGAUAAUACAUUUGCUCAGCCACACCACCAGAGUGGAAGAUCUGGACGUAAUAAUUCUUCGACUGAGAGCCAAAUCUCACCAUCACAAAAACAGAGUUAUGUUGAUGAUUUUUCUCAAAGAUCAGUGUCUGUUCCAAAAUUUGGGGGUUGGAAUGACACGGACCGUAGAUCAGGAGAAGGCUUUACUGUCAUUUUCAACAAAGUGAAGGAGGAAAAGCAUAUAGCAGCAGCAAAAUUCCCUCCGGCGCCCGUACAAACUGCCAACAGUCAUUCAACCAGCCACAAAAAGGCCACGAGCACAAAGAGAUGUUGCUGCCUGUUUUGAAGGGCAAAACACCGAUAAAAUUUGCUGUACUGCUUCUGGGGACCUAUAGCCACAAAAUUGGAACUUUCAAUGCUCCAAGUGAAUUACAAAGGCAUUUUGCCAUAAAUUUUCAUUUUUUAUGCAUAUUUUAAGUCUGUAAGAAUAUAUUUAAUCCUGCAGCUUUUAAAAAAAGAAAUAUAUUUCAGUAUAUAUCAA